GCAGGGAAGAAGGAACAAUUAGGUCUUGACUCUUCGGCCGAGAAGCAAUCUGAGGAUCGAGUAUCUCCCCGGAUGAAGACGGCAGGCGUGGUGAUGAUGGUUGGAGAGUGGUUUGCGCGUUAUGUCGCAGGGAAGGUGAGGGACAAGAUGACGGAGGAGGCCUUCUCCUCUUGCGCCGACGACCGCAAUGUGCUGGGGGAUGUCAGAGCCAUGCUGAAGAGAGUGGAGGAGAGACUUCCCGGCGUGCACGCCGUGAUCCAUGCGGCCGAGGGGAGGCCGAUCAGAGACACGUCGCUGGCAUUGUGGCUAGCGGAACUCAAAGAUGCUGCUUACGAGGCCGACGACAUGCUCGACGAGUUCGAGUUGAAGGAACUCCGCAGUCGUCAUCUGCAUGACAGCAGCAAGGUGAUGGCACUCGCCUCCUCGGCCCUCAGAUUUCUCAAGAACCUAUUCGUCACCGACGACGAGCUCCGAAGGUUAGGGAAACUCGUGGGGGAUCUCGACGAUAUUUGCCUUGACAUCGACCGGAAGAAAGCAGAGCUGGACGAGUACAACGGGAAGGACAAUUCUGCCUCCAGGGAGACCAGCUCAUUCCUCCACGAUGAAGUGAUCGGGAGAGAUGAAGAGAGAAAUAAGAUACUGGACAUAUUGCUGAGUUCGGCACAUGAUCCCGAUUUCGGCGACAAGAGGGCCGGGAGUAGCAGCCACCCCAGCUUCGGAGUUCUUCCGAUCGUAGGCAUGGGAGGAGUAGGGAAGACCACACUGGCACAGCUCGUCUACAACGACCAACUGGUGGCCGACCAUUUUGAGCUCCGGAGGUGGGUGUACGUCUCCGACGAUUUCAACCUGAGAAAAAUCGUCAAAGAACUGGUGUACGACAUGGCGUUCGAUCCUCUCUUUGAUGAUAUCUGCUCAGGAGAAAUCCAAGCCAAGCUCCAGGAUGCUACAAGAAACGUGAGGUUCUUGUUUGUGCUCGAUGAUGUGUGGGAUGAAACAGGAAGCAAAUGGGAACAACUCCGCGACGCCUUGGCCUCCGGGGCCAGAGGAAGCACCAUACUGGUGACGACUCAGAGCCCCCUGGUUGCAGAGACCAUGGGGACCAUGGAGCCGAUCAAACUGGAGGUGUUGGGGCAAGAUGACUUUUGGAGACUCUUCGAGCGAUGUGCAUUCGGUGACAAGGUGCUCGACCCCGAUUUAGCGAGAAAGUUGGAAUUGAUAGGUCGGGAAAUCUCGGGAAAGCUGCAUGGCUUACCUUUAGCAGGGAAGGCGAUGGGAAGCUUGUUGAGACGCAGGUUAGAGGAGCAGUUUUGGACGACGAUAUCGGAAAGCGAGUGGUGGGAGGACGACUUCGCCGUGGAAAACAUCCUUCCAUCUCUGGGUCUGAGUUAUCAGCACCUGAGCACAAAUCUGAAACAAUGCUUUGCUUACACUUCCAUAUUCCCGAAGGGUCAUGUGUUCGAUAAAGAACGAUUAGUCCAGAUGUGGAUCGCCCAAGGUUUCAUCCAUCCCAAAUCCGAGGGAAGAACGAGACCGGAGGACUUGGGGAGUCAGAUGUUUGAUGAAUUGUCCAACAGGUACUUCUUCCUUCCUACGCUGAACAACAAACAUGUGAUGCAUGAUCUGAUGAGAGAUUUGGCUGUUUAUGUUUCUUGGGACGAAUGUUUCGUGGUCGACGACGAGCCUGCGGAAAUUCCACCCACCGUUCGCCACUUGGCUCUCAGGACAACGAAACUGGAUGCGGUGAGAGGUGUCUGCAAGUUCCGAAAGCUUCGAACGAUCAUACUUCUCAACGAGUAUGAUUCUGAAGAUUUUUAUCAUGUUUUGGAAGACAUGCUUGAGAAUCUCAAGAGCCUCCGGGUGUUAGAUCUGUCGAACGUUCGCAUGGGGAAGAAGAAGAAGUUACCCGAUGCAAUCUGCGACCUACCACACCUUCGGUUUUUGGACCUUUCCUGCACGAAGACGAGACACUUGCCUAAAUCAUUUUCCAGGAUCUGCCAUCUGCAGGUGCUGAAUCUGAAUUCAUGCCGCUUUAAGAAGAUGGCGGAAGGAAUGAACAGGCUGAUCAAAUUGCGGCAUCUGUACGCGGAUGCCGAAACGAUUUCUCUGAUCGACGGGAUCGGGAAAUUGACGGAGCUCCAGGAACUCGCAGAAUUCCGCGUCGCCAGGAAGAGAGGACACCAGAUAGGAGAGUUGAAGGAACUGAGAAAUCUCCGAAGGCGGCUCACGAUACAGAAUCUCGAGAAUGUCGAAACCAAGGAGGAGGCAAUGGAGGCGAAACUGAAGGACAAAUCGCACCUCGAUUCACUGUGGUUGAAUAGGAAACCCGACAUGCAUAGCCCCGGCGAUCGGGAAAAGGAGAUACUCGAAGGUCUGGAGCCACACUGCAACCUCAAAGAGCUCAGAAUCCAGCACUACGGAGGUACGACUUCCCCAGAUUGGUUGGUGAGGAAUCAGCAUCUCACCAAUCUGGAGUCUGUCUACCUGAACAAUUGUGCGAGGUGCGAAAGUCUCCCACCGCUCGGGCAGCUUCCCUUCCUCAAGCUAUUACAUCUCAUGUCGAUGCCGGUGAAACGAAUAGGAGCAGAGUUUUACGGAGAUGCAGAGCAGGCGUUUCCGUCAUUGGAGACGCUAAAAUUUGAAUCUUUGAAGGAGUGGGAGGAAUGGGCUGAAGCAGAUGGCAGGCAAUUCUUGGGCCGCCUUCGUGUGCUCCACUUGUACGAUUGCCCGAGGCUGAGAAAAGCGCCCCUUCUCUACCUGACCUCGUCGCCAUUGGCAGAGCUCAGUCUUAAGCAUUGUGGUGACCUCGGCAGUGCGCUACCUGGAUGUCUCCAAACCCUCUCCUCUCUCAACCAGUUGGAGUUGUAUCAUUACGCACACAGAACGGAGAUUUGUCUAUCCAACCUGAGUGAACUCCGGGAGUUGCACCUUUAUCACUGCCCGGAGUUGAGAUUACUUGGUGGUCUGAGGUCUCUUGCCAACAUGAGACAUAUGGAGACCGAAGGAUGCCCCAAGUUGUAUGAGACCUCACAGCCAGGCCAACGAUACGGGGAGCGGGAACUGAGAUCUCUCUGUCAUCUCCAAACAGAUGAAAACCUCAUCGACAAUGUAUGGUUCACGUUAGGAAGAAUCUCUUCCCUCCGGAAUCUGGCACUUCAUCGUUGCGGUGAUCUCGUCUCCUUCACAGUGGAGCAGGAGGAGUGGUUUCAGCAGCUGACCUCCCUCGAACAUCUGCAAUUUCUCAACUGCCCGAAUCUGCAGGCACUUCCUACUUCCUUGGUCACCGUUUCCUCCAUCAAGAAGCUGAGCAUAGGCAACUGCCCCAAGAUCAGUUCACUGCCGGAGAGUGGCGUGCCAAUGUCGGUCAAAGAAGUGCGAAUAUGGGGGUGCCCGUCGCUGAGUGAUCGGUGCAGAAAGGAUCGAGGACCUGACUGGCCAAAGAUCGAUCACAUUCCUCGCGUAUGCAUCGAUGAUGAAAUCAUACAAAUGAUGUGAUGACAGCAUUAGGAAGUCACUCUUCAGGUGCGCUUCUAUUA